AUGGCCGAUCACGCAAGCCCAGUCUCGCUCGACAGUCUACCGAAUGAAUUGCUCGGUCUGAUCGCUCAGUACCUCCACCAUUCGUCAAUGAAUGAGCUCUUGCUCGCUCUCGAUUCCUCUGAUGCUCGUGAGCACGGCAAAGCGAGACCUCUCGACGCAGAGACUGCCGUGCAUGAGGACCUGCGCAUCCAGACCAACCUGCAGCGGCUUGGAUUCACAAAACGGCUAGGUGGCGAUGAAGCCGGGUUCAGGCUGGAACGAGCGCUAGCAGCACGCAACAGCAGUCAGUCGGCCCACGGCCGGGAUGGACGAGCAGACAGCGAGCACGACGACGACGACGACGCUGGUGGUCCCGUCACUGCUGCCUCUGCGAACUGCGAGACAGAGCGACGCGUGCUGCCCUGCCAUGCCUGCCAUGCCUCACAUUGCACAUUGGGAAAGGCGUCCGUCAUCACACCCGUCUGGCAUCUCGCUCAGACCUGCCGGACUCUCCGCGAGAUCUGCCGGCCCUGGCAGUGGUGCCAUCUCGACUUCACAUCCGUCACCAACAGGGAUCUCUUCGAUUUCAUCCGCUUCCUGGCACCCUCUGUCUCACAGUACACUCGCUCCUUCCGUAUCGCUCUGGUCGGCAUCCAGCUCGCUUCAAAGGGCGUCCUUGCCAGCGAUCGACUGGAAGAAUUCGAGCCUGUCAGGAGGAUGGCACUUGCCGUCGUCCUCUUCCGAUUUUUCGACAAGCUCACCCAUCUCGAUGUCGACCUCCCCCUUGGAGGCGGUGCGGUCGCCAACUUCACUGACCAUCUGCCCGACGCGCCCGACGUACGUGAACUCGAGCUCUUUGACUAUGUCAACCAGAUAGACCUCAUGAACGCCAAGCCGCCCGGCCCGUCUGCCCACUCGCAUCUUGUGCCCGUCUUCGCUCGCUACAGCCACCUGAAGCGGCUCAGGCUCGAGCAUUUUGAUGCCUUUGUCGGCAUGAGCGAUGAGCACCAUCACAUACUCGAAAUGAUCGCGAACCUCGAAAGCCUGACGCAUCUCGAAUUGAUAAGUAUCCGCCAGACCUGCUCCCGACACCAACGAGCGCCACAAGACUAUGUGUGGCGCCCCAAGCUGACCCAUCUGACGCUAUACCAGUUUGUUCCGCUCUCUCGUGCCGUUCUCGAAGAUCUCCUGCGGAUCUCUCAGGACACCUUGAAGCACCUCGAGCUCGACCUCCUCGAUGACCAAGGCAGCCUGGCCACGCCCUCUGACAUGGACGAGGGACCCUCCUUCGGUCUCAGGAGACUCGAAUUUCUCGCACUUGGCUCGGCAGCUGCAGGUGUGCGGUUCCUGAAGCGCUUUCAAGCUUCGCCUCUCCUAUCACUCGAGAUCGGUAAGCUCGUCAUGCCGUAUAGCGAGUUCGAGCCCAUCAUCGCGACGAAAUACUUUCCAAAGCUGAGCAAGCUCUGGAUCCUUCCCGAUACCGACUUUACCGAACUGGAUCUUCAGGCACUCAUAGUGCUCUGCGAAGCGAUGGCUAUCGACUGUGAAAUCGACGAAGGCCUGGAGGAUGACGAGGAGGAAACGAGCGCAGGCGACGACGUGGGUUCACUUGACGAUGUGGCUCCAGACGACGAUGAGGACGAAGAGUCGGUAGCGUUCGACGAAGGCAAUGAUGACUUUGAUAUCUCUGGCAGCAACGCUAUUGCGAUCCUGCUAGCGCGACACAGAGAGCGGCAAUUCUUUGACAGGGGUGGCCUGCCCCACGUUGGUGACUAUGAUCUCGACUGGUGA